AUGGGUGCCCUCAAGUACGUCGAGGAACUUCAGAAGAAGAAGCAGUCGGACAUGAUGCGCUUUCUGAUGCGCGUUCGCCUUCGCCAACUUAAGGUCAUCCACCGCGCCAGCCGCCCCUCGCGCCCCGACAAGGCCCGCCGUCUUGGAUACAAGGCCAAGCAGGGUUACGUUAUCUACCGCAUUCGCGUCCGCCGUGGAGGUCGCAAGAGGCAGGCUCCCAAGGGCGCCACCUACGGCAAGCCCACCAACCAGGGUAUCAACCAGCUCAAGUACCAGCGCUCGCUCAAGUCGACCGCUGAGGAGCGUAUCGGCCGCCGCUGCGCCAACCUCCGCGUCCUCAACUCCUACUGGAUCAACCAGGACUCGACUUACAAGUACUACGAGGUCAUCUGCGUCGACCCCCAGCACAAGGCCAUCCGCCGCGAUCCUCGCAUCAACUGGAUCGUCAAGCCCGUCCACAAGCACCGCGAGAGCCGUGGUCUCACCGCCACCGGCAAGAAGAGCCGUGGUCUUGGUCGUGGACACAAGUUCAACAACACCACCGCCGGCAGGAGGAAGACCUGGAAGAGGCACAACACCCUCUCUCUCUGGCGUUACCGUUAAACCUUCUCAGCAUCUCGCUUGCUUGGUGGGACGUCUGGUCGAUUGUUUCAAGCGUAUGGGCUGGCGUGAAUGGAAACGGGUGUCCUGGGCUAUGUAGCUUCCGAACAGCUUGAAGGCUGCCAGGACUUUCAAAAUUAAAUACCAUGGAUUCAUGAUCUUCACGAAAGAUAACACAUGGACACAUCUUC